AGUUGCCCCUUCCCUUCUUGAACCCUCGUCGUCGAGCACUUAAUUCCAACCUCCCCUGAACCAGCCCCUCUUUCUCUUUGCCCACCCAGAAACUCUUGUAAGUGCUGUCUUCGCCUGAGUGAAAAUGGAUGUCUCUUCUGCCUUCCCCAUAUCGACCGUCUCCUUAUCGUCUGGCGACAUCCCCAACGGCCAUGCCUUUGCACUUGAGGAUGCCAAAAGGAUCCCGAGGACUGUCGAGAUCCCCCUGGAACUCCCUGACAGCCCAGUCGGCCCCAACGAGGCCCUGGCGGCCGAGUUGAAGGGGAGGGUCAUGGAGGUCCCAAACAUGAUGAUUCCCAUGGCUGGCUGGCCACAUCGGGAACGGAACAAGCACUACGAGGAGAUGCGCAACAUCUUCAACGAGACUCUAGACCGUGUCAUUCCCGACCCGAGGAGGUGCCAGAAGUUCAAGGACUGCGACUUCGCCCUGUUCUCCGCGCUCUGGUGGCCCCACGCAGAGUGGGAAGACUUCUACUCGGCCUCCUUCUUCGCCCUGUGGAUCUUCGUCUGGGACGACACCAUGGAUGCCCACGACCACGACAUCUCGGACGACUUCCAGAAGGGCUGCCGGUUCCGCCAGCAGACGGUCGACUACGUCAAGCACUGCCUGGGCCUCCGGGACGAGGCCGAGGGCGCGGAGCCCGUCUUCCCCAGCCUCGCCUGCGGCCUGUUCAAGGACUUUUCCGGAAGGGUCGUCGAGAAGUUCAAGAAAGACCGGAUACAGCGGGUCUACGACGAGAUCGUCCGCUACAUCCACGAGUGCGAGGUCGAGCAGGCAGAUCGCCUGGCCGGCUAUCUCCCGACCCUGGACGAAUACCUCGAGAAUCGCCUGGGCACCUCGGCCGUGUUCAUCCUCUGUGGCAUAUUUGAGCUCUUUUUGGAGGAGGCUCUCCCCGAUUGGGUCAUGAAGUCGCCCGAAAUGGACGUUAUCUGGAGGGAAACCAACCUGGGCAUCAUAAUAAUCAACGACAUCUUGUCCCUGAAAAAGGAAAUAGUUGUUUCCCCCCCUCCCCAAUAUCCCUCAAGGCAGACGUGUGGCAUGGCUGACUCGGACCAGGUUACGGACUGUGUGAUUAGUUUGGUACCGGUUCUCUACCGUGCGGGCAUUAACUGGGAGGAUGUGAUCCCCGAGCUCAUGGAAGAGCUGCAGGCCGUCCGCACGAGGUUGGACGAAGCGGCGGAACAGUUGGAGCGGGCGGCCAGACGUGAUACUCGCCUCCUGAAGGACCUGAAGACAUAUGUCGAUGUCUGCAGGACCAGCACGACGGGAACAUACAUCUACACGAUCGAGUCCAAGAGAUACAAAAUCGCGCAGGAUGUACGUGCAGACGGAUCAGUGACAAUCUUCCUGUAGGAGGACUAGAAAAACCAUUCAUUACGAAAGACAUCCUAUCUUUGUAGGGUUUCAUCCACAGUACCGGAACGUUGGUCAAGGAAUUAGUUCGUUCAGCCGCGAAAUCAGGCAUUCGCCAAUCUUCUCCCGCAUA